UAUAAAUCAUCGAUUCGCCAUGCACCUCCAACUCCACUUGUGCUACACUCGACACUCCAAAGCAGACACCACCACCACAGCGUCCACGACUCCAGUCCAGUCUCCAGAGCAGGCAUAUCGUCGCCAAGAUGGACCGCGCAGGCGCAGCAAUCACCACGAUGCCACGGAAGCUGGUGGUCCUGUACCCGUCGCCGGGCAUGGGCCACCUGGUCUCGAUGAUCGAACUGGGUAAGAUCAUCGCUGCCCGUGGCCUCGCCGUCACCAUCGUCGUCAUCGACCUACCGCACAACACCGGAGCAAGCGCAACAGGGCCCUUCCUCGCCGGGGUCUCCGCGGCCAACCCCACCAUCUCCUUCCACCGUCUCCCGCAUGUCAAGCUCCCGCCCGUAAACUCCAACCACCCAGAGGCACUAACCUUCGAGGUCGCCCGCGUCGCCAUCCCUCACCUGCGUGAUUUCCUCGCCGCCACCUCCCCUGCCGUCCUCGUCGCAGACUUCUUCUGUCAUGUCGCGCGCAGCGUUGCCUCGGAGCUCGGCAUCCCCGUCUACUUUUUCUUCACCUCCGGCGCUGAGGUCCUAGCUUUGUGUUUGCAUCUCCCGGUCCUGCACGCUCAGACCACCGCCAACUUAAAGGACAUGGGUGGAGAGCUCGUGCACGUUCCCGGUAUCCCCUCGUUCCCGGCGACAGACUCCAUGAAGCCAAUCAUGGACCGUGAUGACGUAGCAUACACGAGGUUCGUGAAUGUGUGCAGCGACCUGUGCCAGUCCCAAGGCAUCCUCAUCAACACCUUCCGCUCGCUCGAGCCACGGGCCGUAGAGACCAUCGUCGCCGGGCGCUGCUCACCUCCUGGACUUCCGACGCCUCCGAUCUACUGCAUUGGGCCGCUGAUAAAGUUGGUGGAGGUGGGCACCAAGUGCGGCGACGAGUGCAUCGCGUGGCUGGACACCCAGCGCAAGGACAGCGUGGUGUUCCUCUGCUUUGGCAGCCUCGGUCAGUUCAGCGCCAACCAGAUCAGGAAGGUGGCGGCCGGGCUAGAGGCAAGCGGGCAGCGUUUCCUUUGGGUGGUAAAGAGCCCGCCCAGCGAUGACCCGACGAAGAAGUUCGACAGGCCGUCGGAGCCGGACCUGGACGCCCUACUCCCGGAGGGCUUCCUAGACCGUACCAAGGAGAAGGGCCUGGUCGUCAAGUCGUGGGCGCCUCAGCGCGAUGUGCUUAUGCACCAGGCGGUGGCCGUGUUCGUGACGCACUGUGGAUGGAACUCGGUGCUGGAGUCGAUCAUGGCGGGUGUGCCGAUGCUAGCGUGGCCAUUGUACGCAGAGCAGCGGGUGAACAAGGUUUUCCUGGAGAAGGAGCUUGGGCUAGCCCUGGCAAUGGAUGGGUACGACAAGGAGGUGGUGGAGGCCGAGGAGGUGGCAGCAAAGGUGAAGUGGAUGAUGGACUCUGACGGCGGGAGGGUGAUCCGUGAGCGGACGCAGGCGGCCAUGAGGCAGGCGAAUGAGGCAAUGCGUGAGGGCGGGCAGUCUGAGGCGACAUUGGCGCGGCUGGUAGACGCGUGGCUACUUGCUUGAUGUUCGCGGGAUCGGUUAAAGAAGAGAUCCGGUGACACACGAUGUGCCACAAGCAUCGUUGUGUGCGGGAGUAUUAAGUUGCUUCGAAAAUAAACAACUACAGUUGAGGGAUUUUCUCUCUUUUUUUAAUCAGUUUUUCAUUUGUAACCUAUUUGUAUCUUACCUUUGGAAGCAAAUAUAAUAUAAUAUAAUAACCGUUUUACUAUU